CGAUGAAGCUGAUUCUGCUGUGGAGGAAUCUAGAGGCAGAGAUCUUCAGAGUGCCAGAAAGACAGUGUCUGGACCCGGAUCAUCACGGCUGUACUUCUGCUGUUGCUCUCUAGCUCACUAAACUACCAAGACAUGUUCCUCUGGAGUCUACUCCCCGUCUCCCUCUCCUUGGUGUCUCUCAUUGGAACCUGGGUGACGUAUGGCCUGGCGUACAGCUAUGACCAUGUGUGUUCCCUCAACAACUGGGCCCCCGGGAACCUCUGCGGAAACAAUACAACUAUGGCAUGUUGUGAAGUUCCCACCAUAAGCUCGAGUGGAACACACUUACCAGAAAACUCUUUGUUCACAGCCACCAUCAAUGCUGGUUCAUUUCUGUUUAUGGUGUUCUGUAUCUUCCACCAUGCUCACAUCUUGGAGAGGAACAGUGUCCACUCCAUGCUCAGUAGAUUCACCCUGGUGUUUGGUGGAGUGGCGGCCGUCGGGGCCUUUGUGGCUGGGAACUGCAAUCCCGCAUACCUGAUGCUGGCCCAUUACCUGGGGGCUGCGGUGAGCUUCCUGUGUAUCUGUUUCUACAGCCUGCUCCUCACGGUGCUCACAGGGAAGUGUGUACUGACCCGGAUGGAGUGGUUCCUCUACCCAGCACGAGUCAUGUCUACUGUGGUCCAGAUCAUCGUCACCAUUGGCUACGCCAUCUUGUUUGUACAGGAGGAAUACAAGUACAAGCACCUAGCGGCCGUGUUUGAGUGGAUACUGAGCGCCAACUUGGAGCUGUUUGAGCUCAGCUUUGCUGUGGAGUUCUGUUUCUUCUCCUCCUCCAUGUUGUCCACGUUGCUGGGGAAGAAAGAUGAGGAGAAGCCUAUCCUUCUGGCCUGAGAAGAUGCUGCUGGGCUGGGCUGGGGGGAGACCUACUGUAAGAGACACUUGGGUCGUGUUCAUUAGGCAUGAAAUGGAAGAAAACGGUCAGAAACGGAGAGAGACCAGCAGCAUCUUCUCUUCUCAGGCCAGAAGGAUAGGCUUCUCCUCAUCUUUCUUCCCCAGCAGCAUCGACAAAAAAUUGUCACGUUGUGCCCUAAUGAAACAACCCAGUAGUUCUGACCGAUCUAAAGCUUGUGGAAUUGGACCAACCAAGUAAAGGGAACAAUUGUUUGUAACCAGGACCGGUUCUGGCUGCGACCAAAAACGACUCAGCUUAAUCGUCCACGACCCACCGUUUGGGAAACACUGACCUAGUGGCAUCAAAGAUGGGGAUGAUAUAUACAGUUGAAGUCAGAAGUUUACAUACACUUAGGUUGGAGUC